AUGAGCACUACUUCCACUCACAUCCACAAAGAUAUUGAUGAACCAUUGCUAGCACCUAAUGAACCAACACCACAAGAACAACCAUCAUCCUUCACUCAUUCAUUUGGUUCAAAACAUGAAUCAGAUGGUGAACUUGAAAGAAUUCUAUCAGACACAAGUGUUUCUUUUGUUAAACGUUUUGGACUUGCUUCAUGGGUUGAGUUAAAGUUGCUUUUUUACCUUGCUGCCCCUGCUGUUAUUGUGUACCUUAUCAACUAUGUCAUGUCAAUGUCCACUCAAAUAUUUUCUGGGCAUCUUGGUACUUUGGAACUUGCUGCUGCUUCACUUGGAAAUACUGGCAUACAAGUCUUUGCUUAUGGUCUCAUGUUGGGCAUGGGAAGUGCAGUAGAGACACUAUGUGGACAAGCAUUUGGUGCAAAAAAAUAUGACAUGUUAGGCAUAUAUUUGCAAAGAUCAACAGUUCUUCUCACAAUAGCUGGUUUAAUAUUGACAUUAAUAUACAUAUUCUCCAAACCACUUUUGAUCUUUCUAGGAGAAUCACCAGAAAUUGCCUCAGCAGCAUCACUUUUUGUCUAUGGUCUAAUCCCACAAAUAUUUGCCUAUGCUAUAAACUUUCCAAUCCAAAAAUUUCUUCAAGCACAGAGCAUAGUUGCACCAAGUGCAUACAUAUCAGCAGGAACAUUGGUUAUUCACAUUAUAGCAAGUUAUGUUGCUGUGUACAAAUUUGGGCUUGGUUUAUUGGGUGCUUCUUUGGUUUUGAGUUUCUCUUGGUGGAUAAUUGUGAUAGCACAGUUUGUGUAUAUUGUGAAAAGUGAAAAGUGUAAACAUACAUGGAGAGGGUUUACUUUUCAAGCAUUUUCAGGGUUGCCAGAGUUUUUCAAGUUAUCAGCUUCAUCAGCAGUGAUGUUGUGUUUGGAGACUUGGUAUUUUCAAAUAUUGGUUUUGCUUGCUGGGUUGCUUCCUAAUCCUGAAUUAGCUCUUGAUUCUCUUUCUAUUUGUGCCACAGUGUCUGGAUGGACGUUCAUGAUCUCAGUUGGAUUUAACGCAGCUGCAAGUGUGAGAGUGAGCAAUGAAUUAGGAGCAGGAAAUCCAAAAUCAGCCUCAUUUUCUGUGGUGGUGGUGACUGUGAUUUCUUUCAUAAUAUGUGUUAUUUUAGCACUUUUGUGGUUCUUGCAUUAA